AUUCAUUUAAAAACCAUGAUGGCAAUGUGCUCUAAGAAGGCCUAUCUGAAAAGAAGGAGUGUGGAUAACAAAUGUAAAUUAUCAAUUCUAUCCUCUAGAUGAUGUCGAUACAAAUAUAUUCCAAGUUAAGUUCGACUGUUUGAAGGACAACAUAGUUAAAAUACAUUAGGGUGACCCUGUUAUGUGUUAACAAUGCGAGACUGUUCUCAAUAAACAUUCAAAAAUACAAGAUGAUGUUUAAAAUCAAUAAUUCGGAAAGUAACUUUGGAUAUGUGAGUUCUGCAAUCAUAAGAAUUACGUUCAAAUAGAGAAAGAGGAAAUACCCACUAAUGAAGACACUAUUUACCUCAUCUAAUCAGCUUAGGAGUAAUAAAUGUAAAUAGAGGAUGCUGACAACUCAAUCAUAUUUUGUAUAGACAAUAGUGGUUCCAUGUCGAGUACUGUGGAGAUCAAAGGCAAGGUCAAUUUUAAACACGGCAUAUCUGCUGAGGAGUACGAGAUGCUCAAAUAAUUCAUCGAACCUGGAGACGAACAUUAAGUAUGGCCACAAUUUAACACCAAACAUGUUACUCAUGUGUCCAGGAAAUAAUGUGUCAUGGCAGCUAUCGAAUAACAAAUAGGAGAACUGAAAAAGAAGAACCCCAAUAAAAUAGUUGGAUUGGUCACAUUCAACAAUGAAGUUGUGGUUUAUGGUGAUGGCUCUGAAGUCCCCAUUACCAUUGCAGGAGACAGACUCUUUAAAUAAGACGAAAUCGAGAAUUUAUUGAAUGGAACUGCCAAAUAACUCAUGAAAUAUCCAGUCAAAGCACAAGCUGAAACUCUCUUGAAGAAAUUUGAGAAACUCUAAGAAAAGGGUCAGACUGCUCUGGGUCCUGCUUUGAUUUCCGCCUUGCAAUUAGCUAAGAUUGGCAAGCCUGGGUCCAUGAUAAUUAUAUGCACAGAUGGAUUAGCCAAUUUGGGAUUGGGAUCUUUGGACAAUGAUGCAAAUAAAUAGUUCUAUGAGGAUUUGGGUGUGUUUGCUUCAUAAUGUGGAGUAGUGAUUUCAGUUGUCACCAUAAAGGGAGAGGGAUGCAAAGUGGACAUCCUUGGAGCCUUGUCAGAGAAAACUAACGGAACUGUCACCAGAGUCAAGCCUGAAGAUAUUGAAAAGGAUUUUGCCAAUAUUUUGAAGGAUGAAUUGGUAGGAACUUAAGUUCAGUUAUUUGUGAAUUUGCAUCGUGCUUUGAAGUUCAGAGGAGAAGAUGAUCCAACUCUGAGCAAUAAACUUAAAAGGGACAUUGGUAAUGCCACAAUUGCUACCACCUAAACAUUUGAAUAUCAAUUAAAAAAUGAUCAGGAAUUACAAAAGGAGUAGAUUGAUAUCAAGGAUCUAAAGAAUGUUCCAUUCCAGAUUAAGGUCAAUUACACAAAUUUACAUGGUGACAGACUUAUGAGAGUAGUCACUUAGUUGGUUUCAACAACUGAGAAUGUGAAGGAGGCUGAGGAAGAGGCUGAAGUGGAAGUUAUUCAUAAAAGAAUGGCAUAGAAGACUGCUUAGAUAGCAAAGAAAGGAAACUAUUAGGAAGCAUAGUCAUACAAUGAUUAAUGGGAUGGUUAUGUUUAAAAAAAUGCUGUUAUUAAUAACAAUAUAGCCAAUAAAGAGAAGAAUUUUAGUUUCUAGGCUCACAAUCUGAAGUUACAAACAGCAGUGUAGAAAUAGGAAGUUAGAAAGGAAAAAGUCUAAAAACCUCCUCCUUAAUAACAAUAACAACCUAGUUUCUUUGACAAAGUCGCAUAAUUUAUAAAAGGAGAUGAAAAGAAAUAGUAACAAUUACCGUAGGUCCAAGAAGCUUCAUUAUAAAAAGAAUUAAUCCAACCACGAAAAUCACCCCAAAAAAUGAUGUGUGAUGAAGAAUAGUCCAGUAAAAAAAAAGCUGAAAAUUUCAAACAAGUUAAAAUUCAGGAAGAAAAGUAAGAAAUGAGAAAAUUAAGUUGUUCUGAUGAUGAAGAUGAAGAGAUGGCAGAUCUAUUUUAAUUUGAAUAAGGGAAAUAUUGAAAUAUUUAGAUA